AAAGAGGAUAAUACCGCUAGAAACACCUUAACAUUUCCCAUUAAAGGAAUUAUAUGACACGCAGAGUGGGAGAGAGAGAGAGAGGGAGAGGGAGAGAAUGGAUAGGGUGUUCUCAAUGGGUGAAAUUUCCGAUCAGUUCUGGUCAUCGCCGCGGAUCCACUCAUCAUCCUCGAAGUUAUCGUCGUCGUCGACGGAAGAAUCAUCCAAAAUGAACCGCAGCGAGUCCGAAUGGGCCUUCCAACGGUUCAUUCAAGAGGCUUCGGCCUCACAGCUGAGUUCUCCACCUGCCGCCGCCGCCCCUUCUGCUGCGGCUAGUUCUUCGACGAAGGCUGGAAAUGACGUCUUCGAGAUCAACAACGGCCAUCGACAAGCAACGACGUUGCUUAGCUGCCCGCCGCCGAACAUUCCGGCAGACUCGGAGGAAUACCAGUCGUUUCUCAAAAGUCGUCUCAAUCUGGAAUGCGCCGCUGUGGCUUUUACUAGGGGUUCUCUUGGAAAACAUCAGAAUUCUGCUGCUUUAGCUGACAAUGGAUUGCAGGCUUCCAGCUCUUCAGCUUUAGGACCCCAGGCCCCAUCUAAAGGAUCUGGGUGCGAUUUGUCAAGGACACAAGAUAAGGAUAUUGGUGGACCGCCUUCCUUACCUGCCGCACAGAAGAAGUCUGGAGCUCAAGUGAGGCAAACCACAAGUGAGUCAUCGAGAGAACAAUCAGAUGAUGAUGAACUUGAAGGGGAAACAGAAACAACUGGGAACAUGAACCCUGCUGAUGCCAAACGUGUAAGGAGAAUGCUUUCAAAUAGAGAGUCAGCCAGGCGAUCAAGGAGGAGGAAACAGGCUCAUUUAACUGAACUUGAGACACAGGUUUCUCAACUAAGAGUCGAAAAUUCUUCCUUAUUAAAGCGCUUCACUGAUGUGACCCAAAAGUACAAUGAAGCAGCUGUUGACAAUAGAGUUUUAAAAGCUGAUGUUGAAACAUUGAGAGCUAAGGUCAAAAUGGCUGAAGAGACUGUGAAAAGAGUUACCGGAGUUACCGGAUUGAAUCCACUGUUCCAAGCAAUGUCUGAGAUUUCUUCAGUGAGCACAUCUUCGUUCGAUGGAAGCGCUUGCAACUCAGCAGCUGAUGCUACUGUUCCCGUGCAUGAUGAUCCCAAGCAGCAUUAUUAUCAUAAGCCUGCCUCUAAUAAUCCCAUGCCCUGUCUUGACCCUCUGGUUAACAAUGGUCUAUCAGAUGUUUCUUCGGUUGAAAAUGGGCAGCAAAAUACUUCAGCCGGGGCUGCUGCCGGGGGCAAUAUGAGCCGAACUGCUUCCAUGCAGCGGGUGGCUAGCUUGGAGCAUCUGCAGAAGCGGAUCCGGGGGGGCACCAGUCCGUCUGGACCGCAGUCCACUGGAGAGCAGUAAUAACAGAAGAACCAAAUUCUGAAGUCAGCUUCGCUGAAGUAAUUCUUUAUGAAUAUAUUAAUGUUGCAAUUCUCCAUUUUAACAUAUUUAUGCAAAUAUUCCCAUUCUUUGUUUAAAUAAAUUGCAAUUUAGACUCUGGUUGCUUACCUUCAA